AUGAAUAUGAGCCGGGAUGCAUUUGAAGAUGCCUUUAUAAAGAAUGUAAUAUCGGUUGGAUUAGGUGUCAUAAUUACUUACAUCAAUGGAAUCUUUGUGUUUGCUUUUUUUAGAACUCCAAUUUUUUACACUGACCCAAGAUAUAUCCUUUAUAUUCACCUAGUUAUCAAUGACAUUAUUAUGCUUUUUGUAUCAGUCACUUUGCACGUUGUUGUGUACUCUGUACCACUUAUCAAUGUUACAAUAUGCUGUUUUCUCCUUCUUUUGGGCUUGGCAACCUCAGACAACACAGCACUGAAUCUGGCUGGAAUGGCAUUGGAGCGCUACAUUGCCAUCUGCAAGCCACUGCAUCACCCUCAGCUCUGCACAGUAAAAAGAACUUACAUCUGCAUUAGUUUGAUAUGGUUUCUUACCAUUUUAACUGCACUGACAGACAUCAUCAUUGUCUUAAUAAAACAACCCAUAGGUUUUUUCUUAACAUCAACUAUGUGCUAUAGCAAGAACAUUUUUAACUCAAAUGAGCACCUCAUCAAAGCAAUAUUUAUGCAGUCAGUAUAUUUAUCAAGUGUGUGGAUUAUGCUAGUUUUUACUUACUUUAAGGUUUUUCAGGCAGCUAAUGCUGCAACUAUUGAUCAGGGUAAGGCAAGAAAAGCCCGGAACACUAUCCUACUACAUGGCAUACAGCUCCUUCUCUGUAUGCUUGCUUAUAUCACACCACUUAUGACAUAUUUUUUCUUAGAAUUGUUUCCUAAAUAUAGAAGUACAAUUCUAUUCAUCUUUUAUAUAAUAUCUAACGUAAUUCCAAGACUACUAAGUCCACUUAUUUACGGAGUCCGUGAUCAAAAAAUGUUUAAAUAUGUCAGCAGAUAUUUGACAUUUAGGCAGUUUAGCACACAAAAUGGACCAACAUGCAAGGAACCAAAGUCUUAG